CGAGGAACCCAGGCGAGCAAGAUUGAUCCUGCGAGGGAAAGGGGUUCGUCAUGGCGGAUGACCUGUAUAAGAAGUUACCAAGUGUUGAAGGACUCCAUGCUAUUGUUGUGUGGGAUAGAGAUGGAGUACCUGUUAUCAAAGUGGCCAAUGAUAAUGCUCCCGAGAAUGCUUUGCGACCUGGUUUCUUAUCUACUUUUGCCCUUGCAACAGACCAAGGGAGCAGACUUGGACUUUCAAAGAAUAAAAGCAUUAUCUGUUACUAUAACACCUACCAGGUAGUUCAAUUCAAUUGUUUACCUCUCGUGGUGAGUUUCAUAGCCAGUAGCAAUGCCAACACAGGACUAAUUGUCAGCCUAGAAAAGGAACUUGCUCCAUUGUUUGAAGAAUUGAUCAAAGUUGUGGAAGUUUCUUAAUCUGAUGAUGGUUUUGAUGUAUACCUUAUCUUAUAAAAACACAAGUCAAUCUAGCAAUCUUUAGACCACAAUAAUACUUUUUUCUAUAUGUAUGUAAGA